AUGUUUUGGAUGAUUGUUAUUUUAUCGUUAUUAUCUAUUAUUGGUUCUAUUCGAAUCGGUAAAAUAGAAAAUAAUAUAAUGAUUGGUACAAUAAAUCGUUCAUUAUUCAAUAUAACACGUAAUCAAUGUAUAUGUCAAUUGAUAAAAUCAACUGACUUAAUAUCUGCUUUAAAUUAUUUUCAAACAAAUAAUACUUGUCAAUUAUUUUAUUAUAAUACUAGUUCAAUUAUAAUUAAAUUUAAUUCAAAUUCUUCUUUUAUAUUUAUUAAUCGAUCAUCAAUAUCAAUAACAACUAUUCAAUCAAAUAUUACUUCAAUUUCAUCUUUAUCUUUAAUAAAUGCAUUUUGGCCUUUUGAUGGUAAUACCAAUGAAAGAAAUUCAAAUUAUAAUAGCUUUUCAAAUGCAUCUUUUUCAAGUCCAGGUAUUACUGGUUAUGGUUCUGCAUUAUCUUUUAAUGCUAGUCUUUAUCAAUAUGUUUUAACUAAUUCAACAAUUAAUUUAAAUAUAUCAUUUAAAAGUUUUACAUUUGAAUUUUGGAUUUAUCCAUUUUCAUUAGUAACUGGUGAUCGAGGUAUGAUAGGUCAAUGUCAAUCACUUUCACCAAACAAAUGUUUACAUAUGACAAUAAGAAAUAGUAAAAUUCGAAUUAGUUUUUAUAGUAAUGCAUGUGAUGGUACAAAAACAAUAGUUAUUAAUAAAUGGUAUCAUUUAACAUUUGUUUAUGAUCUAUCAGCAACUACUCAAAUGAUUUAUAUAGAUGGUAUUCUUGAUUGUAUUAGUAGCACAUCUGCGCCAUUACAAAUAACAAAUUUAACUUAUAUACCUAUUACAAUAGGUUAUACUUCUCCAUUAAGUCCAUAUUAUUUUGAUGGUCUUAUUGAUCAAUUAUCAUUAGUUGAAUGGGUUAAAAAUAGUAGUGAAAUUUUAAAUGAUGCAACACUUGUUAGUUGGUAUUGUUUUGAUAAUAAUAAUUCAACAAACGAUUCAGGACCAAAUGAAAUAAAUGGAAUUAGUAUUAAUACAACAUUUGAAAAUAAUACACUUUUAUUAAAUCAAACAAAAUCAUAUUUUCAAUCAUCUGGUUUUGUUCUUCUUGGUAUGGAUAAUCAUUCAUAUUCAUUUUCAAUUUGGAUUAAUCCUAUUCAAACACAUAAUACUACAAUAUUAUUUAUUUCUCAAAAUAGUUCAAGUAGUACAAAAUGGUGUUUAUCAUUUCUUCGAUUUAAUUCUCAAGGUAAAAUUCAAGCACAAAGUCGAACAAAUGGAGGAUUAAUAAAUGUUACAGGUCCAUAUAUUUCAAGUUAUACUUGGACACAUAUUGUUCAAACAUAUUCUUUAACUAAUGGUGUUAGUCUUUAUAUAAAUGGAUCAUUAUUUGAUAAAUCUUCAUCAUGUGAUUAUCGUGGUGGUAAUACACCAUUAACUAUUACAUUAGGUAGUUAUAUGGACAAUAUAAAUAGUAUAUGUUCAAAUUCAUCAAUUCAAGGAGGACAAUAUUUUGGUUGGAUAGAUGAAUUUCGUGUUUAUUCAAGAGAAUUAACAGCUACUGAUGUACGAACAUUGUAUAUAAGAUAA